CGCAGGCUCCACGUAGCCGCCGGCGGCCAUGGAGGCAGAUGGGACUAUGGGAGCGGUCCGUGUUCUAAGAAGGCGAAGUCAGCGGAAGUCGAAAUCCGCGACGAGGCGCCGGCGGCGCUGGUGGUGAAGGGAGCUCCUGGCCCCGACAACACUGGGCCGGAGCCAAUGAAGAAGAAGCGGUGGACCGCAUCAGUUGGGGUCUCCGCCGCCGGCCUCCGCGUUCCUCUUCUCGCCGACCCUCCGUGUCUUCUCAACUUCCCGCAGCUUACGCACCUCGCCCUUCAACAGGUCCGCAUCUCCGAGUGCUCGCCGGGUGGCCUGAUUGCCAGGUGCCCUGCCCCUCGAGCGCUUGCUGAUUUUCUACAGCUUCGGCUUCUGCUGCGCCCGGAUCAACUCGGCUAGCCUUAGAAGCAUGGGUGUGCGUCUACGUGAUGAUUCUGAUUAUAAACCAGGUGAGCCCUAGUUCAGGGAACUUGUCAUCAAGAACGCUCCUUGCCUUGAGAGGCUGCUCCUGUCUCGAUCUACUUGAUGGCCUGCGUGUAUCGGUAAUCUCCGCGCCUAAGUUGCCUUAGGGUCCGUUUUUCGUGAGAUGGAUGUCAAUAUUGUCAAUAUUCAGGGAUUGCCCCAUGAUACCCUGACGACGGUGGUGGGUGCUGUCAAGGUCUUAUCUGUCAAUCUUUUUAAUUUUGAUCUGGAUAUGACAAUUGAGCUGAUGAAAUACUUUCCUCACUUGGAGAAGCUGUACAUUCAUCAGGGUAUAUUAGGGUACAAGAAUUUAUGGCGGCGUAAACACCGGGUUCUAUUAAAAAGUCUCGACAUUCGUCUGAAGACAGUAGUGAUGCAAUCUUAUACAGGCAUCGGGGUGGAAGUGAGCUUCGCCACAUUCUUCAUACCGAACGCGAAAGUGCUCGAGUUAAUGAAAUUUCAAGUCGAUGACAAACAUUGCACACGUCAAUUUUUAGCAAAGCAACGGAAGUCGCUUCAGCUGGAUAAAAGGGCUUCAAGAGGUGCUCGUUUUCAGUUUCAAACUGGUAGAAUGCUACGAUGCUAUUCAGAGGUCAAUAAUGUCCGUGAUCUGCAUUUAAGUGAUCCUUUCGUGUGUUGAAGCUGGUUUUGGGCUGCGGAGCAGUUUGAUUGCCUAUCUCAGUUUGGUGUGUCCCAACGCGGUUAGUUCUCGUUUUUGUAGUUGUCUGAACUUAAGUCUGUACUAUGAUACUAUGCCUGAAUCUUAAUGUAAGUCUGUACUACUGCUCUAAUACCUUAGCCUUUGCUUUGUGUCCUGGGGACCGUGCUCUUUUGCGUCAUGUCACAAUAAGGGAAUAUUAAUCAUUCAAGUUAUCUACUGCUCCACCUGUCCAAUUUUAGCCUGGACAGAAUAA